CCAUCCCCCGCGCUGUGGCUGUGCCUGGCUCCAGCCAUGAGCAUGGAGCGGCUCCAGCUCUGCUGCUCGGCGCUGGAGGAAGCUGCCAGCAGCCCGGGGCUGCCUGCCCUGCGCAGGCAGCUGACAUGUUGGAAGGAAAUAGCUGCUCUCCUCUCCUUCCUGUAGCACGGAGCCGGUGAAACGGCCACCCCGGAGCCCGGCACCGCCUGCCCGCAGCCGCCGUGGGGCUGGGGCCGCAGCGGGACCCCCGGUGCUGAGCCAUGGCCGUGUGGAUCCAGGCACAGCAGCUCCAGGGUGAAGCCCUGCGGCAGAUGCAGGCUCUCUACGGGCAGCACUUCCCCAUCGAGGUGCGGCACUACCUGUCGCAGUGGAUCGAGAGCCAGGCAUGGGACUCCAUCGACCUCGACAACCCCCAGGAGAACGUGAAGGCGACGCAGCUGCUGGAGGGGCUGAUCCAGGAGCUGCAGAAGAAGGCAGAUCACCAAGUGGGUGAGGAUGGCUUCCUGCUCAAGAUCAAGCUGGGGCACUACGCCACGCAGCUGCAGAACACGUACGACCGCUGCCCCAUGGAGCUGGUGCGGUGCAUCCGGCACAUCCUCUACCACGAGCAGCGGCUGGUGCGGGAGGCGAACAAUAGCCCCUCUCCAGCCGGCUCCUUGGUGGAUGCCAUGUCCCAGAAGCACCUGCAGAUCAACCAGACCUUCGAGGAGCUGCGGCUCAUCACGCAGGACUCUGAGAAUGAGCUCAAGAAGCUGCAGCAGACACAGGAGUACUUCAUCAUCCAGUACCAGGAGAACAUGCGCCUCCAAGCCCAGUUCUCCCAGCUUUCCCAGCUGGGUCCCCAGGAGCGCCUGUCGCGGGAGACUACGCUGCAGCAGAAGAAGGCAUCGCUGGAGGCCUGGCUGCACCGGGAGGCACAGACACUACAGCAGUACCGCGUGGAACUGGCCGAGAAGCACCAGAAGACUCUGCAGCUGCUGCGCAAGCAGCAAACGACCAUCCUGGAUGAUGAGCUGAUCCAGUGGAAGCGUCGGCAGCAGCUGGCAGGGAACGGGGGCCCCCCCGAGGGCACCCUGGACGUGCUGCAGACCUGGUGCGAGAAGCUGGCAGAGAUCAUCUGGCAGAACCGGCAGCAGAUUCGCCGCGCUGAGCACCUGUGCCAGCAGCUGCCGAUCCCAGGCCCUGUGCAGGAGAUGCUGUCGGAGCUGGACGGCACCAUCACCGACAUCAUCUCCGCGCUGGUGACCAGCACCUUCAUCAUCGAGAAGCAGCCCCCCCAGGUGCUGAAGACACAGACCAAGUUCGCGGCCACCGUGAGGCUCCUGGUGGGGGGAAAGCUGAACGUGCACAUGAACCCCCCCCAGGUGAAGGCCACCAUCAUCAGCGAGCAGCAAGCCAAGGCCCUGCUGAAGAACGAGAGCACCCACAAUGAGAGCAGUGGGGAGAUCCUCAACAACUGCUGUGUGAUGGAGUAUCACCAGGCCACCGGCACGCUCAGCGCCCACUUCCGCAACAUGUCCCUGAAGCGGAUCAAGCGCUCGGAUCGCCGCGGGGCUGAGUCGGUGACGGAGGAGAAGUUCACCAUCCUCUUCGAGUCGCAGUUCAGUGUUGGUGGCAACGAGCUGGUGUUCCAGGUGAAGACACUGUCCCUGCCCGUGGUGGUGAUCGUGCACGGGAGCCAGGACAACAAUGCCACAGCCACUGUGCUCUGGGACAAUGCCUUUGCUGAGCCCGGCCGCGUGCCCUUUGCUGUGCCUGACAAGGUGCAGUGGCCGCAGCUGUGCGAGGCUCUCAACAUGAAGUUCAAGGCAGAGGUGCAGAGCAGCCGCGGGCUCACCAAGGAGAACCUGGUGUUCCUGGCACAGAAGCUCUUCAACAGCAGCAGCUCCCACCUGGAGGACUACAGCAGCACCACAGUGUCCUGGUCCCAGUUCAACCGGGAAAACCUGCCCGGGAGGAAUUACACCUUCUGGCAGUGGUUCGAUGGGGUCAUGGAAGUGCUGAAGAAGCACCUGAAGCCGCACUGGAACGACGGGGCCAUCCUGGGCUUCGUCAACAAGCAGCAGGCGCACGACCUGCUCAUCAACAAGCCCGACGGCACCUUCCUGCUGCGCUUCAGUGACUCGGAGAUCGGCGGCAUCACCAUCGCCUGGAAGUUCGACUCCUCUGAGAGGAUGUUCUGGAACCUGAUGCCUUUCACCACCAGGGACUUCUCCAUCCGCUCCCUGGCCGACCGCCUCGGAGACCUCAGUUACCUCAUCUACGUGUUCCCUGACCGGCCCAAGGAUGAGGUGUUCUCCAAGUACUACACGCCGGUUCUCUGUGAGUCCACGCCAGCUAAAGCCGUGGAUGGAUACGUGAAGCCACAGAUCAAGCAAGUGGUGCCAGAGUUUGUCAACCCAUCAGGUGAUUCUACCCCCGGAGGGGCCACCUACAUGGACCAGGCUCCCUCACCUGCCGUCUGCUCCCAGCCCCAUUACAACAUGUACGCUCAGAACCCCGAUGCCGUCCUGGAACCUGAAGGUGACUUUGACCUGGAGGACACCAUGGACGUGGCGAGGCACGUGGAGGAGCUGCUGCGGCGCCCCAUGGACAGUCAGUGGAUCCCGCACGCCCAGUCCUGACGUGCGGGUGCCCGGCGCUUCGGGGACUGUGCUGUGUUCGUGUCUCUGUGCCGGGGGGGCGGCGGGUGGGCCCUGCCCCGCAGAUCUGCUCUGUGCUGCCCCGAAAUGCAGGCUGGCGUCCGGCUCUUUGGUGUUUAAGCCCUUGUAUAAACGGCAGCGGAUUUGUCGCAUGGUUUUCCUGUAUGUUCCUUUUUAAGAGGCCCAGCUUCGGCUUUCCGCUUCUGCAGGCACCGGCCCCACAGCCCCCCCUGCUCCCCACCGAGGGGCUGCAAGGGGAGGGGGCUGCAGAAUGGCCUCAGGUUUGCUUUCGCAGUCGUCACUAAGAAUGUAUGUGUCGCCUUCUUGUUGUACCCCGUGGCUCUGUUCCCAGGGGGUUCUGUGGGUGCACAGGGCUCCGGCACGGGGCAGGGGUCGAUGGCCGGGGGUCCCCCCUGGCCCGUGCUGGUGCUCUGCUCCACAGCGGUGGGGUCCCCUCCAGGACCUUGUCUCAUCCUUUGGUACCCCAAGGAUGUGGGAGCCCCUUUGGCUCCCAGCUCAGCGUCGCCCUGUGGAGCCGGUACAGGGUGCGAGGGCACCCAGCGAGAGCAGCCGGGCGCUGUGGGGGGAGCAGAAUCCUCUGCCCCCCCCAUCCCUCACCUGACCGAGAAGCUCUGGGGUCCUGCCCAUGUUAUUUUUCUACCACAGAGUAAAAUAAAGCACGGAAUAUUUUUGUAACACA